AUGAAGCCACUCGGCGGUAUGGCCUUCGGCGUUUCGAUCGAGUCCGAAGUAGCCGUACGAGUGGCGCUACAGAUCACCCUCAGUUCGUUUGAGGUUUUGUUCACCGUCUUCUUCGCGCUCGUCCUGGCCGUGGCCACCGUCGCCGGACAACGAUUCGGGUUCCCGCACACGGCCCAGUUCGGGCUUGCCUCGCUGACCGGUGACUUUGGUGGACCGACCGCAUUCGGUGGACAGGAUUUGUCAGGUACUUUGAACGCUGGUGUCAGGGACCCAAGACAGAACCGAGGACCCGUUGUAUUCCCACCGGCACCCGCUGAUGCUCCAGUCGAGUCGAGUGGAGUGAUUGUCGGUGCUUCCGGAUACGGUUUCGUGCCACCGAAUACGCCCCAGAAAUUCAGGAAAAAGGCCCCACCGUUCCGAUAUCCGCUAGCGCCCUGGAAGCUGCCGGUUCCCUCAUCCGGAACGACCGGCACACCGCAGCGACCGAAGAAGCCGGGCAUCGUGAAGCUAACGCCGACCGUGCCGAUCGUCGGUUACAAGAAGCCGACACCUGCCAAAUGGUUCCGGUUCUUUAAGGGACCGGGUACAUCGGCCGUCCGGAAACCACCGCCCCAUGGGCCGCCCGGCCCACAAGGGUACGGUGGGACAAAUGUGUUCGUCAGCCGUCCGAAAGCGGUCGCCCCGGUGGGCCAGUUAACCAGUGUUAGCUACGCGACGAGACAUUAGACGGCCGCGUGUGGUUUGCGACUCGCGCGAAAUGUACCAAGGACAAUGCGGCAGCAGGGUGAUGCAGUGUGUUCGCUCCGAUGCAACGAUGUACAUACGCGAAAGAGCUGUAACGGACAGUGGAAUGU